AUGGUGUCUUCUGAAGAAGACAACGACGCUGCCGAUAAUGACGAGAAUUCAAGAGAAGUGUUGAAUAACAGACUAGACUUUAUUCAAGAUAUAAUUACGGGCCAAGGUUUGUAUGAAAUAUUAUCAGGUAUGAACCUAAUAUUUAUUUCUCAAUCUAAGUUCCAACCGGAACUGAAAAAUAAUUCUUUUUCAAUUGAUGUCACAAUGCCUGCCCCUGAAAUUCACUUACCUGAAAGUACUCCUCCGGUUGAUGUCUCAACGCCCUUCUCUGAAAUUUACUCACCUGCAAGUUCUCCUCAUCGUUGCCCUGCAAGUUGUCCUCAGGUUGAUGCGCCAAUGCCUGUCCCCGAUGUUCACUUACCUGUAAGUUCUCCUUUGGUUCAUGUGCCAACGCCUGCUCCAGUAAUUCAUGCUGAAACACAAAUCAUGACUCCAAGCUCAAGCAAUCAACCUUCAAUAUCUUCAAGCGUGCCCAGUUAUGCACAGCUACAAAAUAGAAACUGGCAGUGGACAAAUGAUAUUGAAGAUUUUGAUUGUCCUAUAUUUGAUAGGCCGAUGACAGUAGGAAAAAAAUAUUCUCAGUUAGCCUAA